GAAAUGCAGUAAUUCUCUCCCCUCUCCUCUUCUCUCCGUGAGGUGGGCGCACUGCGAUGGAAACGCAGCGCGCUCUACCAGGGGCUUGCGCUGCCCGUCUGGUGACAUCCUCCGGCUGCUGACUGCCCCCCAUCCUGCCCAGCUCGUCCCCCGACCCCACCGCGGGGCCCGGCGGAGCGGCGCGGAGCAGCGCGGAGCGGGCGGCGGAGCGUGCGGGCCCGCUCCCCCCGCAGCGGUGUCAUGCCCCUGGGCACCCCGGCCGGGACCCGCCCGCACUGCGCCGGGACGCGAAGGUAGCGGCUCGGAGCAGCCACUCGCAGCCGCCCAAAGCCGGGCGCCCAGCUUCCGUCCGCCCCCCCCCGCCGCCCGCCCGCCCCGUCGGGAUUUUCCCUUCCCUGAGAAUCUGCGAGUAGUGGAGUCACCCGAGCCGCAGCCAUGGCCACCCUCCUCCGCAGCAAGCUCUCCAACGUGGCCACCUCGGUGUCCCACAAAUCGCAGGCGAAGAUGAGCGGAAUGUUCGCCAGGAUGGGCUUCCAGGCAGCCACCGACGAGGAGGCGGUGGGGUUCGCCCACUGCGACGACCUGGACAUGGAGCAUCGGCAGGGGCUGCAAAUGGACAUCCUCAAGUCCGAGGGUGGAGAGGAGGGUGCAGAGACGCCCCUGGAGGGGGACAUCCACUACCAGCGGGACGGCACCGGGCCCCUGCCGCCCUCCGCCUCCAAGGAGGCCUGCUCCGAGCUCUCUGGGCAGGGCAAGCCCAAGAUCACCGCAUGGGAGGCGGGAUGGAACGUCACCAACGCCAUCCAGGGGAUGUUUGUUUUGGGCCUGCCCUAUGCCAUCCUUCAUGGUGGAUACCUAGGACUCUUUUUAAUAAUUUUUGCCGCAGUGGUUUGCUGCUACACUGGGAAAAUCCUUAUUGCCUGUCUUUAUGAAGAGAAUGAGGAUGGGGAGAUAGUCAGGGUGAGAGACUCCUACGUGGACAUCGCAAACGCAUGCUGCGCGCCUCGCUUCCCCACCCUUGGGGGCAGAAUUGUGAACGUGGCUCAGAUCAUUGAACUGGUCAUGACCUGCAUCCUCUAUGUGGUGGUCAGUGGGAAUCUGAUGUACAACAGCUUCCCCAACCUGCCCGUCUCCCAGAAAUCAUGGUCCAUCAUUGCCACGGCAGUGCUCCUGCCUUGUGCAUUCUUGAAGAACCUCAAGGCAGUCUCCAAGUUCAGCUUGCUCUGCACAUUAGCCCACUUUGUCAUCAACAUCUUGGUGAUUGCCUACUGCCUCUCCAGGGCACGCGACUGGGCCUGGGACAAAGUCAAGUUUUACAUUGAUGUAAAGAAAUUUCCCAUCUCUAUUGGCAUCAUUGUCUUCAGCUACACCUCUCAGAUCUUUCUGCCUUCCUUGGAGGGGAACAUGCAGAACCCCAAGGAGUUUCAUUGCAUGAUGAACUGGACUCACAUAGCAGCUUGCAUCCUUAAGGGACUCUUUGCCUUGGUCGCCUACCUGACAUGGGCUGAUGAGACCAAGGAGGUCAUUACAGACAACUUGCCAUCUACCAUUAGGGCAGUAGUCAACAUUUUCUUGGUGGCCAAAGCCUUGCUCUCAUAUCCCUUGCCAUUCUUCGCAGCUGUGGAAGUCCUGGAGCGGUCCCUUUUCCAAGAUGGAAACAGGGCUUUCUUCCCCAACUGCUACGGGGGUGAUGGGCGGCUCAAAUCCUGGGGACUCACCCUCAGGUGUGCCCUGGUAGUUUUCACCCUGCUCAUGGCUAUCUAUGUCCCCCAUUUUGCCCUCCUGAUGGGUCUUACUGGAAGCCUGACAGGCGCAGGGCUCUGUUUCCUGCUCCCCAGUCUUUUCCAUCUCAAACUCUUGUGGAGGAAGCUCUUGUGGCACCAUGUCUUCUUUGAUGUUGCCAUUUUUGUUAUAGGUGGUAUCUGCAGUGUCUCUGGGUUCAUCCACUCUUUAGAAGGCCUCAUAGAGGCCUUCAGAACCAAUGCUGAAGACUAAGGAGGGGCCAGAGUUGGUGCAGUAAGAGAAUCGCAUCGAACAUCCGCAUAGCCAAAUAAUUCUGCAUCCUUUUAAUGGAAAGAGUCAUUAUUUUCGUUAUGUGCAUCCAAAAAAUUCUAUAUCAUAGAAUCUGCAAAUUAAAGGAAAUAAGACGAAAGUGCUCACCCUGAUGUCUUUUUAAAUAAGCUCAGAUUUAAAUAUAUUUUUUUGUUAUUUAGAUUUUUUUAGAAGAAAAUUAUCUGGUGCCCCACUCCUAUCUCCUCACUCGUUGCCUGAAGCUUGGCCCCCCACAAAUGGCCGGUUGGGAAACAGUUGCAGUUUUCAAUACUCCUUACAGAUAUGCAAUUCAGUGUUUCAGGAGCUGAAACACAGGUGCCAAUCCCAUGGGAUUGAGUCACUGCGCUCACAAACGGAAGCAAACCCAUCGUGGGUGCUGGGAGCAGGGACCUUCAUUUUACACUUGGUGAGAUGGAUGUAGAUGAGACCCAGAUUGUAUGACCAGCCCAACAAGCCCAAGCAGCAGCUGACGACCAGCAACGCCAAUUACCUGCAAUGUUUACACCGUUGUCACAUAGGUGUCAGGACUGCUUAAUUCUUCCAUCCAAACCCAUACCGAGGAAUGGAGCUUCCCAUCGACUAUAAUAUGUUGCCUCUGGUUGAAAUCGCAGCCCUGGAGUCCACUUCUCAGUGACUUUUGUUUUGUUUUAUUUUAACAAUUGUUAUUUCUAAAUUAUGAAAAGCUAAAAAAAAAUACAUAUUGUUGGAUUUGACGUCGUUUCAGGAUACAGAACAAAACUAUGACACAAUUCAUUCUGUGCAAUCUACCAGAUCCGUGGAGCUGUUUCCAAUGUAUGUGUGGUGUCAUUGUGGUAAAUAAGAUGAAAAAUGUAUAUCAGAAAAAAAAAUCUAUCUUUAACAUAUAAUGUGGUACAUAAAUAUAUCGAAAAAUAAAGAGAAAACAUAGAUGAU